GGAUCAGCUCCUAGCGACCCCUCCAUCCUGCCCCCUGGGCACCCCCUACACACACACACACACACACACACACACACACCCCAGUCCGAGGAGUGUUUGCUGCUGUGAGAUCACCCGCCCCCCCAACAACAACGACAAAAAAAUUAAAUAACACCCAGAGAGAGAUCAGAGAGGGAGGGGGAGGAGGGAGCAGGGACGAAGGAAGAGAGAGACGAGAAACAGGAGAGGCAGAAGAGGAGGAGGUGGGGAGACUGGGCGAGAAAGAAGCUGGAGACGAGGGAGACCGAGAGGAGGAGAGAGAAGCAGGAUGGAGACAUGGGGUUAGGUGGCUCAGGGGAGCUGGGAGAAAAGAGAGAGAAGAGGGGGUGUGGAUUAGAAGCCAGGAGGUAACCCCGGGGAGAAGCAGGAGGCAGAGAGAGGAGUAGGAAGAUCCAGAGGUAGAGGGAGAUUGGAAGGUUGGGGAAACCAGGAGCGAAAGGAGGAAAGGCACAGAGAGCAGAUCUGGGGGGGUCUCCGUCCCCACUGCUUCAGUGUUUGGGGAACGGGACUCCCUGUAGGGAGGAGAGGCAGGCUGGAAGUCCUGGAAGGAGAGGGUCCCACAGAGGGGGUUAGGAGGAGCUGAGACGGGGGGGCCAGGACAUUGGGAAGGAGUCGCUCAGACCUCCCCAGGAUGGGGGCUGCCGCUCGUCUGAGCGCCCCUCGAGCGCUGGUACUCUGGGCCGCACUGGGGGCGGCAGCUCACAUUGGACCUGCACCUGACCCCGAGGACUGGUGGAGCUACAAGGAUAAUCUCCAGGGAAACUUCGUGCCAGGGCCUCCCUUCUGGGGCCUAGUGAAUGCAGCCUGGAGUCUGUGUGCUGUGGGGAAGCGACAGAGCCCCGUGGAUGUGGAGCUGAAGAGGGUCCUUUACGACCCCUUUCUGCCUCCACUGAGACUGAGCACUGGGGGAGAGAAGCUCCGGGGAACACUGUACAACACCGGCCGCCAUGUCUCCUUCCUGCCUGCGCCCCGGCCCGUGGUCAAUGUGUCUGGGGGUCCCCUCCUCUAUAGCCACCGACUCAGUGAACUGCGACUGCUAUUUGGAGCACGUGACGGAGCUGGCUCUGAACACCAGAUCAACCACCAGGGCUUCUCUGCUGAGGUGCAGCUCAUCCACUUCAACCAAGAACUCUAUGGGAACCUCAGCGCUGCCUCCCGGGGCCCCAAUGGCCUGGCCAUUCUCAGCCUCUUUGUCAAUGUGGCUGGCAGCUCAAACCCCUUCCUCAGCCGCCUCCUUAACCGUGACACCAUCACCCGCAUCUCCUACAAGAAUGAUGCCUACUUUCUUCAAGACCUGAGCCUGGAGCUCCUGUUCCCCGAAUCCUUUGGCUUCAUCACUUAUCAGGGGUCACUCAGCACCCCGCCCUGCUCAGAGACUGUCACCUGGAUCCUCAUUGACCGGGCCCUCAAUAUCACCUCCCUCCAGAUGCACUCCCUGAGACUCCUGAGCCAGAAUCCUCCGUCCCAGAUCUUCCAGAGCCUCAGCGGUAACGGCCGGCCCCUGCAGCCCUUGGCCCACAGGGCACUGAGGGGCAACAGGGACCCCCGGCACCCCGAGAGGCGCUGCCGAGGCCCCAACUACCGCCUGCAUGUGGAUGGUGCCCCCCAUGGUCGCUGAGACUCCCCGUCGAGGAUUGCGCCCGUCCUCUCCAAGUCUCCCCACACGGGGAGGGGAGUUACCCCCAAAACAAAGCUAUUAAAGGGACAGAAUACUUCCUGUUU